AUGAAGUUCAUCAAAGGGAAGUACAAACCCCUGCACCUUGGGAAGAAUUACCCCAGGCACCAGUACUGGCUGGAGGCUGCCCAGCUGGAAAGCAGCUUUGCUGAAAGAGACCCGGUGUUACUGGUGGACACCAAGCUGAACAUGAGCCAGCAAGGUGCUCUGGCAGUUGGUGCUGAUGUCGCUUGGCCAUGUACUGCUUUCGUCUUUCAGGUUACGUCUUUUCCAGGAGCGGCUGUUCGCAGCCUCUGCACGUCCUCUCCUCAGGAACACCCGGAGCACGGGAGGUUAGUUUAUAAAGGAAAUCUGGCAAAGGCAGUGUUAGGUGUGAGGUUUUUCUCUUACUCCACCAGCAUAUUCAACCUGUUCAUGGUGCCCUAUGUCAUGCUCAAAACUGGUAUUGGGUUUGAAAGCCUGUUUAUACAAGCUGCCUUUUAUGGGUUGAUCGGUUUCUUUACAUUUGUGACACCAGUUACUUUGCAUGUCCUGACAAAAGGCUAUGUGAUCCGACUCUAUUAUAAAGAUGAAAUGGACACGUAUACAGCCAUUACAUACAAUGCGAUCUUGGCAGAAAAAGCAACUGUUUUCCAUCAGAAAGAUGUGAAGAUUCCAGACAUCACCAAGAUGUUUACAACAUUUUAUGCUAGAACAAAAUCAAUGCUUGUUAAUCCGACACUUUUCCCGAAUAUUCAGGAUUAUAACCAUCUCAUGGGCUAUGACAAAUCCUUGUAUUUUAACUUCGAGGAGGAGAAGGAAGCUGAUGAAAGGAAAUAAUUUGAAGAUAAUGAAUGUUACUAUCAUUGUUCAUGAUGCAGUGCUGUAUAUGUGAGAGAAUGUAAAAUUCUAU